UUUAUAUUCCUAUGAUCCAACUACAUCGAUCUAUGCUCGGCAAGUUGGCUUUCCGGACGACAUAUAUCGAUCAAACAUCGUUUUAAACGUAAUCAAUCGAUUGAAUCGAUACUAAGAAAUAACGCAUUGAAUUUAAACACGCCAGACUCUAUAUUAUGGAUGUUUUUUCUUAGCACUUUAAAUGAUAAUGGCGUUAAACGUUACUCGAUUGAGUCUGCCUAUCUGUGACGUCAUCGCCGCGCGCUAGCAGCGCAAAGACAACAAAACAGCAUGGCGGAUGGCGGAGGAGAAGCACACGAGCGAGAAAUUAUCAAGCCACCAUUGCGGUCCAGUGUCUGGAAACACUUUGACUUUUGCAAAGAUGGAGAUGUUCUAAAUAAGUCACUCGCUGUUUGUCGGAUAUGUAAAGGUCAAGUAAAGUACAACGGCAACACGACAAAUCUCUCCAACCACCUACUAAGGCGCCAUGGGAUUGCACACAACACCGAUCGUCCAGGCACCUCUUCCAGCAUUCCCGCUGCAGCAUCACCGCAAGGUAACAUUAAAGUCACAGAAGCCUUGGGCCUCGCCUGCAUGUUUAGUCAGAGACUAGGCCAAAACUCGGCUCGGGCAAAAAAUAUCACGGCAACAAUUGCCAAGUUUAUCUGCAAAGAUAUGCGACCCUACAGUGUGGUUGAAAACCCGGGGUUCCGUGAAAUGAUUAAAACAUUGGAGCCAAGGUACACGAUACCAAGCCGACCACACUUCUCAGAAACGGUUAUUCCUGCAUUGUACGAAAGUACUAAGAAUGAUGUGAAGCUGUCGCUCUCUCAAGCUGAACGAGUAGCGAUAACAACGGAUGGCUGGACGUCAUGUUCAAAUCAAGGGUAUGUGACAAUUACCUCUCAUCACAUUGAUCCGGAUUGGAAAAUGAAAACCUUUGUUUUGCAAACCAGAGUUUUAAAUGAAGCCCAUACUGGUAAAAAUAUUGGCGCGUUACUGCGUGAAGCCUGCAUUGAGUGGAAAAUCUCCGACAAGAAUCCUGCGAUUGUAACAGAUAACGCCAAGAACAUGAUUGUGGCCGGCGCAGAAGCCCAGUUCAGUCCACACAUUACCUGCUUCGCACAUACGCUCAACCUUGCCUCACAGAAGGGUUUGGGGGUGGACCGUGCUUCCAGGUUGUUGGGGAAAGUGCGAAAAAUUGUUGGCUAUUUUCACCGCAGCCCGAUUGCAUGUCACGUCCUACAGGAAAAACAAACUCUGAUGGAUUUACCAAAACACAAACUAAUCCAAGACAUAAUCACCAGAUGGAACAGUUCAUUCGAAAUGCUUGAACGUUUUUUGGAACAGCAGCCAGCUAUAAUGGCAACUCUGAUGUCCAAGGAUCUGCGAAAAGGGGUCACAGAUGUAUGCACGCUGAGUGAGAGUGAUAUUGCCAACAUGGAUGACAUUGUUCAGUUGAUGGGUCCUGUCAAAAUUGCAACAACUGUAAUGUGUGAGGAAGACCAGCCAACUCUCUCUGUAAUUGCUCCUCUUCAAGCAAAACUUCUGAAACACCUACAGCCAUGCGAAAACGACUCAACCCUGGUUGCAGAGAUUAAGAUGGUGAUGACCAAUGACCUCUCCAAACGCUACAAAGGCACCCAAGAUGCUCUCAACAUAGCAUCAGCGUUGGACCCGCGAUUUAAAGAACUGCCCUACCUGGACAAAGAGGACAGAGAACAGGUCUACGCAAAACUGAUUUUUGAGGCAGAAGCGUCCCACCAGAUGCAAGCAAUGGGAAAUCAGGAGGAAAACGAGGGAGGCUCAAGCACAAAGCUGUCAGGAUUCGAUGAAGAGACCACAGCUCCAAAUGAGUCACCUCCUUGUAAGAAGAAAGCCUUAGAUGCACUGUUUGGUGAUUUCUUUACCCAAAGAGAAAGAAAAUCCACAAGCGAGACAGCCAGAGCAGAGGUUAUGAGGUACCGAGCAAAAGAUGCAUUGCCUUUGACUGAAAAUGCCAUGAAUUGGUGGAAAUCUCAGGAGAACGAGCUACCUGUACUUUCAAUCCUUGCUAAACGGUACCUGUGCAUUCCAGGCACCAGUGUGCCAGCAGAGCGAGUUUUUAGUACUGCUGGCGACAUAGUGAACGCACAGAGAAGUGUUCUGCGGCCAGAUCAUGUUGAUCAGUUGAUAUUUUUGAAAAAAAAUCUGUAGGGUCAUUGAAGAGU